AUGUCAUAUGUAUUAUCAACGAAACCAAAACUAUUAUAUCUUACAAAUAAACAAUUACAAACAAUAAGUAAAAGAUUAAUAACAUCAACUACAAAAUCAUCAAUAUCAUCAUCAAAAUUAUUAAAUUUAUCAAAAUAUUUAUUUAAAUCAAUACCUAAAAAUGAACAACAACAAUAUCAAAAACAAGGUAAAAAUGUUGCAUUAGUUUCUGGAAUAAUUAUAAUUGGUUCUUAUAUUGCAUUUAAUCAAUCAAAUUAUUAUAAUUUAGAUACUUUACCACUGCUGCAAUCAUCUACUUCAUCUUCAUCAAAUCAAUUAUUAACUUCAAAUACUUCAUCAACUAUAACAUCACCAAAAUUAUUAGAAGACAAAAAAUUGUUUUCAACUUCAACUUCAUCAAUGCAUCAAAAAAAUAGUAUAAGUCAUCAACAACAUAAAGAAGGUAUAUUUUUAUUAAAUGAUGAACAAGUUGACACUAAAUUAAGACAAUUUGAAGAAAGUUAUAAUGUAAAUAGAGGUAAAGGAGUUACAAGAUAUGAUAUAUGUCAAUUACCUUCAAAUUCUCCAAUUGAAGAUGAUAGAGCUGAAGAAAUUAUUCAAGUACCAAUUUUACAAGAUAAUAAUAUUAAGACAACAACUGAUUGGAUGUUUUUUGGAGUAUUUGAUGGUCAUGGAGGUUGGACUACAAGUUCAAAAUUAAGAGAUCAAUUAAUAAAUUAUGUUAUAAAUGAAUUAGGUACUAUUUAUAAACCAGUACAAGGUGAAGAAAAUUUAAGAUAUGUACCAAAUAGUGCAACAAUAGAUCAAGCUAUUAAAAAUGGUUUUUUAAAAUUAGAUCAUGAAAUUGUAAAUAAAAAUAUUGAAAAAUUAUUGACUGAUAACAAUAAGGCAAAAGCAGCUGAAUUAUUAAUGCCUGCAUUAUCUGGUUCAUGUGCAUUAUUAUCAUUUUAUGAUACAAAUUCCAAAAUGUUAAAAGUUGCAGUUACUGGUGAUUCAAGAGCUAUUUUAGGAUCUUUCAAAGAUAAUCAAUGGACAGCAAAACAAUUAAGUAUUGAUCAAACUGGUGCAAAUCCAACAGAAGUUGCUAGAAUAAUAAGUGAACAUCCAGAUGAACCAAAAGUUAUAAGAAAUGGUAGAGUUUUAGGCAGUCUAGAACCAACAAGAGCUUUUGGAGAUUGUCGUUAUAAAUUACCAGCAUCAAUACAAGAAAGAAUCUACAAGCAAUUUUUUGGUAAAAGAUUACCAAAUCAUUUAAAAUCUCCACCAUAUGUUACAGCAGAACCAGUAAUAACAACAACAAAAAUAAAUCCUGAUAAUAAUGAAUUUUUAGUAUUAGCAAGUGAUGGAUUAUAUGAAAUGUUAACAAAUGAAGAAAUUGUUGGAUUAGUUGUUAAAUGGAUGGAAAGAGAAAAAAUGGUUAAACCUCAAAAAUCGUUUUGGAAUUUUUUUGGUAAAGUUGGAGAAAAUAAAUUACCAGAAGUUGAAGAUAUAACAAUGGAUAAAGCAAGUAAAAAACCUUUUAGAAAAUCUACAGGUGGUGGUAGCUUUUUAUUACAAGAUAAAAAUGUAUCAACUCAUUUAAUUAGAAAUGCUUUAUCAAAUGGUGGAUCAAAAGAACAAACUUCAAUGAUUAUUUCAAUACCGAAUCCUGUAUCAAGAAGAUAUAGAGAUGAUUUGACUGUAACUGUGGUAUUUUUUGGAAAUGAUAUAGCAAGCGAUGAAAAUGGAAAGUUAGAAAUUAAUUCGAAUGCAACAGCUGGUGGACCUGAUGCUUCAAAACCAAAGUUAUAA